CAGCGCUUCAAAUUCUGCUUUGCCGCCUUUGUUUCAAGUUCGUAACAUAGCACCUUUCACCCUUUGAAUAUCCACGCCAAAACGGAGAUGGAGUCGGCGAUUCACGCCGCUGCCAAGGAGUCGGUCAUGCUGCACAAGCACGGUACACACACGGACAGUAACAGACAGGAAGAGCCACAGACGGGUGUGACUGACAGGUGAUCAAGGGACUCAAUCAAUGUAUGUGUGCCGUUUCGUCGCUCUCCGUCGCGCUGUUCAGGUGCGGUGUUGACGCGAGGUCGCAAGAAGGUGGCCGAGGGGUGCAAUGAGGAGCGUGGUCGUUGGCGGAAGCCUCGUUGGAUGCACAUGAUCGGCAGUGAGGGACGGUCGCCCUCCCACGGAUGCAGCCUCCACGCAGAGGUAGCCGUCCUCAAGACCUUCCUCAACUCUACCUGCCGGGUGAGAAAGGCGGGGAGCAAGCAAGGCAGGCAGGCAAGAAGGACAGGGUCAUGAGCUGCAUGAGUGGGCAGCGGAGGAAGGGAAACGUGCCCCAAUUACCGUGGCUGACACUGUGUGUGUGUGUGUGGUGCAGGGUCUAUCGAAAGGGUGGCGGGUUAAAGGGCGGCGGGGGCAACAAGCUCAAACGUAAAACCAAAAAGGUGCGCUGGCCGACCCAUGCUCGCUCUCGAACACACACAUACAAAUCUUCUCUCUGAUGCAGUUGACCCUUCAUGUCGGUCGCAUCACGUCCGCCGCUGCUUCCGCCGAUGGCCACCAGCCCGCCUUCCUCAACUCGAUGCCGUGCGCCGUCUGCCUGGCCUUCCUGCACAAGAUGCACAUUCCCAAGAUAGCCUACUCCACCAACGAUGGAGACUUCUCCGUCAUGCGCCUGCGGGAACUCCUCCUCACCGAUUCGGCCAAGGACAUCCGGCCUUCGAGGGGCUACCGCACUUUGGCGCUGAAGGGUGUGGGUGCCAACGAGGGGAAUGUCAGGCUGAGUGCGGCGCACACGCACAUACUGCACGCAAGACAGGCGGGAGAUGGUGGCCCGAACAUCACAAACAAACAAGGUCAGUGAGGGACAAAUUCAGGCAGGCAGGCAGGUGUGUGAUGAGAGCGAUUGAAUAUUUGCAAGCCGAGCCCUUCGUGGACGCUGACUUGAACAGUAUAACCACUUUACCAAGAUCUGUGCUGACACCCGCCUGCUGCAUGACAUACGCUGCGUGAUGCCUGACUGCACGAAUGGACCCACCCAUACAAGUGCUCUUUCUCUCUGUGUUGCUGUGUGCUGUGUGCAGGCGGCGCGCGUGUUGUCGACCGAGAUGGGGGGCGUGGCCAUGUGUCUGAUGAGGGCAGCAAUUCAUCGGGGAGUGAGGGCGGCAGCAGCAUGAGGGCGGCGGCCAGCGCCAAGACACGCAAGGGCAAGAAGUAACCAAGUGACCGAACGGCCGACGUGCAUGAAUACAGGAAUGUUGGAGAGUGAUUAAUGAGUGCUUAUUGUGGAUGGAUGGAUGGUCUGACUGGCCAACGAUGCGUAGAUCAGUCGCUGACCGGUGAAUGCAUGUACGUGUGUAUGGAGCGUCCGCUUGUGGACGUUCUCGUUAAUGGAUUGACACCCACCACCUCUCGUGCAUAGAUACGUACGAAAUGUCCA